GCGACAGGAGAGAAUGAAACAGCCUCAGGAAAUGGAGGAAGAAUGAAUCCAACAGACUUUGGAUUUAUAAUGCAAGCAGCUUUUUCAAGACCCCACCCCACCUUGUUCAAGUUCUUUUGGAUUUAAGAACAUGUCUGUCCACAUUGUAGCCUUUGGAAAUGAAAGAGGAGGAUUUUCUGACGAUGAUCAGCAAAGGAGUCUGAUUUGGACCUAUCUUGGGAGAAGUGCUCUGGUUUCAGAGAUUGACAGCAGUUUAUUGUUGAACUCUGCCAACUAUCUUAGAAAUCCUGCUUUCACUAAAUAUCAAGCCUACGUGUUUGGAAAUGUCAGAUUGGUGGUACAUGACUGUCCUCUCUGGGAUAUUUUUGACAGUGACUGGUACACGUCUCGGAACCUUAUUGGAGAAGCAGAUAUCAUUGUGAUUAAAUACUCUGUAAAUGACAAGUCUUCAUUUCAAGAAGUAAAGGACAUUUAUGCACCACUGAUAAAAAAAGCAUUAAACCACUGUUCAGUUCCAGUCAUAAUUUCUGCUGUUGGUGCAAGACAAAACGAAGUUCCCUGCACGUGUCCUUUGUGUAUCUCAGACAGAGGGAGCUGUGUUACAGCUUCUGAAGGAAUUCAGCUUGCUAAAGAACUAGGAGCGACUUACUUGGAACUGCACAGUCUUAAUGACUUCUACAUAGGAAAAUAUUUUGGAGGAGUCCUGGAAUAUUUUAUGAUCCAAAGCUUGAAUCAGAAGUCAUCUGAAAAAAUGAAGAAAAGGAAAAAAAGCCUUAAGUGCCAUGGAGUUAAGCCACCUCAACUUGAUCAGCCAGAAAAAAUGCCAAUCUUAAAGGGUGAAGCCUCACAUUAUGACUCCGAUUUACAUAACUUGUUGUUCUGCUGCCAGUGUGUGGACGUGAUUUUUUAUUCUGAAGACCUGAAGGAAGUUGCAGAAGCUCACAGGAUUGUUUUAUGUGCUAUUAGCCAUGUCUUCAUGUUGCUAUUUAAUGUGAAGAGCCCAGCUGACAUUCAGGAUUCCUCUAUUAUUAGGACUGCUCAGACCCUUUUUGCAGCGAACCAGGAACCAGUUUUAAAUCAAGGCUCAUCAUGCAAUUCACCACAGGAAAGAGCUAAUUACUGCGAUUGGGCUGCAUAUCAUCACACUGGCAUACCGACCUGUAUCUGCACUAUAGCAUUUCAGGCUGCAGGUGCUUUUCAAUGGGAAUUAUUGGAAGAACAUAUUAAAAAGAAACUGAAAGAGCCUGGGAAUGUUGAGCUUGUUCUUGAGAGAGUAAAAUGUAUCUUGAAAAUUCCAGGAAAGGUUAAUAGUUUACAAAACUGCAGAUCAUAUUUGUCGAAAAGACCCUUGCAGUUAUGCAACAGCUCUCUCAGGCUUUUCUUUAACACAACUGUAUUAGCUGAUGUCAUGUUCAAAAUACAAGGUGCUACAGUGCCAGCUCACAGAGCAGUCCUAGUGGCUCGCUGUGAGGUAAUGGCAGCUAUGUUCAAUGGUAACUAUAUAGAAUCUAAUAGUUUUCUGGUUCCAGUUUAUGGGAUUUCCAAAGACACUUUCCUCUCUUUUCUAGAGUAUCUGUAUACUGACUCCUGUUGCCCAGCCAGCAUUCUGCAAGCCAUGUCGCUCUUGAUUUGUGCUGAGAUGUACCAAGUGACAAGACUCCAGCACAUCUGUGAGCUUUAUAUCAUCACACAGCUACAGAGUAUGCCCAGUAGGGAAUUAGCAUCAACCAGCCUGAGUGUUGUCAGCUUGCUUAGAAAAGCAAAGUUUCACAACUCUGAUUGCCUUUCAAAUUGGCUACUUCAUUUUAUUGCUUCUAACUACUUAAUCUUCAGUCAAAAACCUGAAUUUGAAGAUCUUUCGGUUGAAGAACGCAAUUUCGUUGAAAUGCAUAGAUGGCCUUCAAGUAUGUACCUGAAACAGCUUGCAGAAUACAGGAACUACAUUCAUUCUCGGAAAUGCCACUGUGUAGUAAUGUAAACUGAAAGUUGAUCCUUCUUUGUUUACUAAAAGGAGAAUCACAGGAAGGCAAUUGUUUCAGGAAUCUUUCUGCUGCACAAGACUGAAUGAAAAUACUGGCUGGCAUCAGGACUAAAUUGACAAGUCCUAUUGAAAUGUAGUUGUCCUUUAGAAUACUGUUGAGUAAUUUAGUCAGAAUGACAUCUACUGAGCUUAAAUGCUGUGAAACAAUAUAUGUAAUAUUGUACUUGUGAAUGAGCAAGUAUUCUUUUUAAAAGCAUGUGAAACAAGUUGUAGGACAGCAUAAGCAUUUAACUAGGCUGUGUCCCAGUUGCACUGCAGAGUCUGAUUUGAAUUUAAUUUUAUAUAGAUAUUUCAGCUUAUGCCAUGUUAUUUCAAUUUCCUAGAGCAGUUUGAACUAUUAAGAACUUGACUAUCUUGCCAGGCUCCAUCACUGGGGCUUUUUAAGAGUCCAAAGGAAAGAGAUCCCAAACUCAUUAGAUUUCUGUGGGCCCCGCUCCUUAGGGAGCUAUUAAACCCACUUCUUUUGUUUAUAUAGAUUCCUAGUAGAACAAGCUAAUGAUUUAUUUAUGGGGACCGUUUAGUUUUGUAAAAAUAGGGCUUGGUUGUAGUUUUGAUAUAAUGGGAGUUAAAAAUGUAACACCUGUUGCUGCAUAAAAUCUUUGUGCAAUGAUGUAAAAAUAUUUCUCAAAGGGGCCCUCAAGUUUUCUCCUCACUGGAAGUGUUUUUCAUAACAGUAACACACGUAGUAUCCUCCCCCACUCCCACCCCGGUCCUCAUCCUGUCAAGCAAAAAAAGUUGUGUGAUGCGCUUUUUCAUGACUUCAUUGUAACAUUGUUCUCCACAAAAGUGUCUGGUAUGAUUUGUGGAGGAAAUCACAGUGGGGGUUGCUGCAAACACUAUAAGGCAGCCCCCAAUGCAGAGAAUGAGCCGUUUCACAAUGAACACUGCUGCAGUUACUCCCAUUCGUGACAAUCGGAGUAGCUGCAGUAGUGCUGAUUGCACAACCACUUGUGCUCUGCAGUGUUGGAACUGCCUUAUGAGUCUGCAGCAGGCCUGAAGCAGUGUGCAGCAUCACUGAGAUGCUGCGUGCCAUCUCCACUAGGGAUGUGUGCACAAACUGAUUUGUACACUCCCGGGAAGUGGGGAAGGCCUUUAAGGGUCAGGGAGGAUGCCCAUACCUUCCCCAUCUCUUUUCCCCUGCCAGUACUCUCCCCAAAACUGCUGGUGCGGGGCUGCAGCAUACCUCCCUGCAACCAAGUAAGCAUCAUACCGGAAGUGUCUGGUGUGCGUGUGGGUCAUGCACACGCAUGUCAGCCCCUUCUGGUAUGAUGCGUACCAGGGCUUCUGGGAGGUACGUUGCAGCCCCGCACCAUCAUUUUUGCGGGGAGUACUGGUGGGGGGAAAGCGGUGGGGAAGUUAAAGCCCCCACGCUCCGCCUUCAAACCGGCUCGUGCACAUCCCUGAUGUCCGCCAGUGAAAACACUAUAAGAAUCCUGUAACAAUAUUAAAUUUGAGCCAACUUUUUCCAAGUAGAUAAAGAAUUAGGGCCUCACAUUUUCCACAAGAAUUCCUUAACUGAAAUUAUUCAUAAAGGAGGUAUGUAAAGAGAAACACUUCUACGCAUCAGGGCUGUGUGCAUCAGAAAAAUUGGAAUUCCUACCCCCCACCAUGAGGAGGCAGCUGUCUGAAGGGCAACCGCCCCAGGUGGGGGAACCUUUAAAAGUCCCAGUACUGGUGCAGGGAAAGCUGGACGGCUGCAGCAAAUCUUGGGAGCAUCCUGGGAAUGGACAGGGAGUGAUGCUCAGGAGGCUGGGCAGCACAGGGAUGCCUGGGAAAUGUAGUUCCAGAAGAAGACUCCUUCCUUUCUUUUGGUAGAAGCUCUGGGAGAAACUACAUCCCACAGGCGUCCCAGCCACCCCUCAUGCAUGCUCAGCCUUCCCUACACCACUCCGCACUCACCCUCUGGAUGCUCCCAAGAUACACCGCUGCAGCCCAGCCCUGUCCCUGCCAGUACUGGGAUGGCUUUUAAAGAACUUCCACCCACCAUCUUACCUGGGGCAGUUGCCCCGCGAAUGGCUGCCUCCUCAUUGUGGCGGUUGGGAAUUCUCAACUGGAAUUCUGACUUUUCCGACAUGUAUAGCCCUACUAUGCACCUUGCAUUUACAGCUUUGCCAUGGGCAUGAUCCCACCUGUACACCCAGGGGCAGAGUAUUAUGGGUCCUGUGUGCUAGCCAUACUGAUGGGUCAAGGGGGCAUCCCCAACCCCCAACCAUAGCUUGUUGCUUACACUUUGGUAUCCAGGAUGCAUGAGGAGAGGAAACGGAGUAACUGGACUGACAUGCUCUGGGCUUUUUGGAUCUGUUUUUAUUGUUUUACAUGUUUUUAAUGUUUAUUUUGUAAAUCACUUUGAGGACACUGGUUGUUUGAGUAGUAUAUAAAUAUCCAGACUAGGAUUUAUUGAACCAGACCAGGAUUUAAGUUCCACGGGGUCUCAGUGCACUUCCCAUCCAGUCCCUUUUGCCAUCCCAUUCUCCCCAUGACCAGCUGGUAAUUAACAAGACCAGGUAUGGGUUUUACUCUGCCCCAGUGGAAUUCCCCUGCGCUCUGGCAGGUUGGUCCAGGUGGGCUCUGCAUGUGUUCCACCACAAUCAGCCUUCAUAGCUGGGCUUGUAUGAACUCAGAGGGCUGGAUGUUCUCCUGGGAGGCAUGGGGCAUCUCCCAUUACUGUGCAGCUGCACACCGGCUGAGAAUGGCCCCUGUUGGCAUAUAUAGAUGAAGUGCUUCUGCACUCCAUCUUCCCCAUGCAGAAACAGUGUAUGAUAAUGCCUCUGUUUCCUGAGGUGAAAUCUGAAUCAGGGACUCGGCCUGCAGCUUACAGUUUUAACGAAUAUACUACUCCCACUGUUGUUCUCAAAUAAGCUUCAUGCAUUUUAGUGACCUUUGUAUAUACUGUUUUAUAUUAGGUUUUUAAUAUUUUUUUUAAAACUCUGAAGCAUUUCUGGAGCUCUUACUAGAAACAUCACUUUCCAGGAGUGGUAUUUUUUCCCCUUUUUAUCAAGGCAAUUUAAAAAGCAUUUUCUGCAUUUUUCUUUGACAUGCUAUAAUUAACAUGGAAUGUACAAAUAAAAAUGUUAUAAUUUAUUCCUUUCUUUUAAUAUGAAAAUGUAAUAUGUUUUUGUAUUACUAGGUCAGUAGUGCAAGCAUGGAGAUGUCCCUUCUAUAGAUGUCUAAUUAUUUGUGAAGUAUGCAAGCACACAAGGGGUUGUAAUUCCCCACCUGCACUCCCUCUUCUCUUGCAUGUAUUAGAUACAAGUUUUGCAUACUAUAACCAUGGCAAAUUGCAAAUGGCUUUGAUAAUUUAUUACAGCAAUUUCAACAUGUGUAUAAAUCUAAGAACAUUAUUCUUAAACAUAGAGGCCACUCAGGCAAUCCAAAACUGUGUUCUGCCUGGGUUUGGGAGAUGUGUGUGCUCCCAAUUUUCAGUUGUGUGGAAGCAAGGUAGGAGAAACACCUGGGUAGCUUUUCCUCCAACCUUGCUUCCACACAAUCACUUCUACCCAUGUUUUCUCACAAACCUUGCUUCCACACAAGCAAAAAUUGAGAGCACACAAAGCUCCCAAACCCAGAUAGAACACUCCUUUUGAUUGUGUGAAUGCCCUUUUACUUUGAAAUGAAAGUUUGUGAUCUAAGGUAUGUUUGCUUGGAAGUCAGUGCCAUGUGUAGGUGUUUGCUACAGUUGUACAUUUUGGUCUCAAAAUAUUUUAUACAACAACCCUAAGGACCAAUUCUAUAGUCUGCUGUGGUGCAGGAGGGCUGCACAAGAGUAAGUGCAUGGAACUUGAAGGGAAAACAUAGGACCACUAUUGUUCCUGCAGAAAACUAGUUGGGACUUGUAAACAUUGGAAAUCAUGCAUGGUGCUUGUUUGUGCUCUUGGUUCCUUUUGCAGCUAGGGAUGGUAUAUGGUUACUGAUAGAUUAGGGCAAGUAUACUGGAACAUCUUUUACAGUAAUUAGUUUAGGUUAAAAAAUUAACAAGCCCCUGUAAUAUUGACACAGACAGUCUUGACAGUUUUUUGAGGGUGGGGUGGGGUGCUAAAAAUAAAUUGUGUAAAAUAAAUUUUGCUCCUUUUUGUUGGUAAAUUAAUUUUUGGUAACUUGAUCUGCAGAACUGAGCCGCAAAAACCACCAUGAUCUCAGUUUCCCCAAAAUGUGCAUUGCACCAUAAUAGGCUAAAUUCUGCCCAUUUACAGAAUCAGAAAAAUUGAGCUGUAAAUUAAUUUAGAAAAGGGCUUUUCUUUGUAAGUUUCCUGGCAAUUAAGUAUAAUUGGGAAAACACCUUCCAAUUUUUUCUGCAUCUCUAACAAUAGUAGAUCUAUGAAUAAGCAGGUAUAUUAAGUAGAAUUCAGGAGAAUUAAUAUGGAAGAGAUUACUAGUUUAUUUUUAUAUGAAAGUCCUUUCCAGUGACAGACUGUUAUAGAAAGUUUCUUAAAUGAUAUUAGCAUAUAUUCAUAUUUUCAAACCAGCAUGGAGGUUUACAGAGAGACAACCUAUAAUAAGAAUCUUUGUUAUAGACUUGUCAUAUGAGAUACAAAUGUUUGUAGGCAUAAGAAUCACUUAUUUUACUACAGCAUGUGUUGAAUAUUUAAGAAUGAUGUCACAGGCUAGCAGGUGCUUAAAAUUUACAAGAUUUUAAAUUUACUAUUUAAUGCCUGAUAAGAAAAUAAAAUGUUUUUACGGUGUA